AUGAGGCUGAACGAUGGCCCCAUGCUGACCGAGGACGACGUCACAUUGACUGAGAGCCGCUUCGUGACACGCGGAGAAGCCACCGCUAAGUGGCCUCGUGGCAUACGGCUAUACUACAGCAUGCCGAAAUAUCGAGCUGUUGUGUAUCCCAAAAUCUUCGAUGGACGUGAUGAAAACACGAGAGUUCUAAAAGUAAACGAUGAUAUAACUCUCAACCUGGAGCCCGGCUCGAUACUGCACGAAAAUUUUUUUGUCCGCACAUACCGCAACGGAAUUCCAGAGCACCAAUACUUCGACGUGCGAGAUUUGCAGAAAAACUUGUAUCAUGACGAACGACAAUAUGCUGCAGUGGUACUUUCCGAAGAAGGCGGGAUGGUGCAAGUGGAAGGCGUCGUUGGACCUAACUUGAAGAUCAGACCCCUUGAAACUGGCGAGCGCUCUGAGCAUGGACUUCAAGCGCAUCUCAUCGAAAAUAUUGAAGACAACGAUUCGGUUGUAGUCUAUGGUAAACAUAUAGAAGAUAAAAUUGCGAUUUCUGAGCGUGCCGCAAACCAUAGAACUGGUUUUGAUUCCUCGAAGUACCACGCCUCAGACAUUUUCCCGGAAGUAUUUCUGGUAUGUGACUCAAGGUUCCAGUUACAGUUCAACGGACGAAUGAACUUGACCGUUUACUUAAUGAUAACCAUGCAAGUUGUGAGAAUACGGUACAGUGCGCUCUCUAACCCAAGGGUGCAUAUCGUGCUGCGAGGCAUAGAACUCUCUCACUGGAAACAGGAGCACGAGUAUUAUGUGUACUACGGGAAGGGCAUCGAUGCGUACAAAUCCCUCCAAGGACUUGUGAAGUUUAUAAGUAAAAAGAACGAAACGUAUGGAGCGUUUGAUAUGGUAUACUUUGUAACAGGCUUUGACAUGAUUGCCGUGUAUUCAGACGGAACAACAAGGGAGGAACUUCAGGGCUACGCCUUUGUCGCGUCUGCUUGUACUACAAACCGGCAACAGCUCGGUGAGGACCAAGCGUACAGUUACCAAGGAAUUCGCGUUAUGACCCACGAAAUUGCUCAUACGUUGGGUUGUUCGCACGAUGGUACGACUGCUCCAGGUGUGGUAAAGGCAUUUAUACCGGACAGUACACAGUGUCCAUGGGGCGAUGGAUACAUUAUGAGUUAUUUGCAAGAAGACAUAAGAAGCAUGCAGUUUUCUCAUUGUUGCAAGUAUGAUAUUCAACGAAUGUCCUGGUCUUUUGAGGCAGCUUGCUUGCACAUAAACAUAUCAGUAACAUUUCCAAUAACUCGUUACGAACUGCCAGGAGAAUUUGUGGACCUAAAUCAGCAGUGCCGAAUAAUGUACCCCCAGCUUAGCAGAACACACUUCAUCGAUAGAGGAAGCAGCCGGAGGAGCUGCAGAGGUUACUGCUUAGUCCCUGGAGAAGAUUACGGGCCUGCGUCUGACGGCCAGUGGGAUCUUCUAUUCCUAGACGGCACUACUUGCUCGGAAACACCGAAGGCUAUAUGUAUAAAUGGAGUCUGUCGCCGAGACUUGAGGGUAAAACGCCCGCAAAACCCUUACAAUGAACGUACAAUGAACGUAAAUAAAAAACCUUAAGGUCCAUUCCACCCUUCCGUUGUGCGUG